AUGCCAGCUGAGCUCAUUCCCCUCAACCAAAAUGGUCCUCAGCUCCAGCAUCCCACCACGCCUACGAAAGGCAGCAGCGGCAGACACAACACGACGAGUGGCCACAGGCGAGCAGCAGACAUGGCCGAUGGCAAGGGAGACAACAAGCACACGGCUCAGCAGGAGCAGAUGCCCUUCAUCAAGCGGUACCGGACAGAGGUCAGCGCCUCUGCUUCUAGUGUCCUGUCCACCUUGACGGCUUUCCCGCUCGACAGCGUCAAGACACGCAUGCAGACGUACAACUAUUCCGGUUUCCUGGGCUGCGUGAAGCAUACGUACCAGACCGAGCAAUUGAGGGGCUUUUUCCGGGGCGUGACUGCCCCUAUGGCUAGUAUCACCCUCGUGCGAACGGUCUCGUUUUCGAUAUACCAACGAUCCAAAUACGUCUACUCGGACUGGCUCAGGAAGAACUUUGGCAUUGAUGUUCUCGCCCAUGUCAACAAGCAGGGGACAUACCCAAACUUAUCUUCUGUAGCUUGUUUUGGAGCGGCCGGUGCAACGGCCGGCUCAUGUAUCACGCUCAUUGCAUGCCCCUUCGAGCUCACGAAGCUGAGUGCCCAGGUUUCGGUGCUUCUAGCCGACAAGAAGAAUUGCAGCCAUCCCGAAAGCCACAAAAUUGCCGCUAGUUAUCAGAACAAGGGCACGUUCAAGACUAUGGCGAAUAUUAUCCGACACCGUGGCCCUCUUGGACUCUACACCGGGUUCAAUCUACAUCUACUGAGAGACACGCUGGGCACUGGCAUAUACUUCAUGACAUACGAGAGCAGCAAGCAGCUCUUGACGACCUUUGGUGGUGAUGGUACUCAUUCGAACCCCCUGGCGGUCCUGGUUGCAGGUGGACUCUGCGGAAUAGUAUCCUGGGCGAUGAUCUAUCCAAUCGAUUCCGCGAAGAGCAUAUAUCAGCGUAACUGUCUGAUGUACUCCAGGGGCCAGACAGUGCCCAAGGUGAAAAUUGAGUUCUUCCGAAGGCAUAUGUACAGGGGCCUGGGCGUGUCAAUGGGCCGAUCCUGCGCCGUGAAUGCUGUUUUCUUCUCUUCCUUUGAGUUUCUGAAGAAACAAAUUAACGCCAUCAAAGAGAAAGAUUGA